GCAGCAGCAGCAGCGGCAGCAGCAUCCACUCUGUGACCGGAGGACAAGUGCUUCUCCCGGGGUUCGCACCGCCCGCACACCGAGCCUCCACCUCACGCCCCGCAGCACCACCGCGUUUUGAAAACGAGUGAGAAUCCCACGAGCGACGCAGGCUUCCGGGGGUCGUGAAGUCGGCUGUGUCAAACCCCUCCGAGGCGCGCCACUAACAGACGCACUCCUCCCGAGUUCCACCUGGAUAGCUGUCCGGUCCGCUACGAGGUCCACAGCCCCGGGGAGCGCGCGCGAGGAGAAGUUACUGCGCGAGGCGCGAGCGGAGGCACGGCGCAGCAGGCAGGAUGAAUCUCAAGAGUCAUUUGAUUUUCACCCUCUACACUAUUUAUGGGAUUCUUCUGAAAGUGAUGGCUUCAAAAGGAAAAGCCCGAGGCAGCAGCGGUCAGUACCCGCUGGUUCAGAAUAUGACGGUGACGGAGGGCGGGACCGCGAACAUGACCUGCCGCGUGGAGUAUAAUGACAACACCUCCCUCCAGUGGUCAAACCCGGCACAACAGACCCUCUUUUUUGGGGACAAGAAAGCUUUAAGGGACAACCGGAUUGAGCUGGUGCAUGCGUCAUGGUCAGAGUUGACCAUUAGCAUCAGUGACGUGACGCUGAUCGAUGAAGGCAUGUACACCUGUUCUCUCUUCACCAUGCCUGUCAGAACAGCCAAAGCCUACAUGACGGUUCUCGGCGUGCCAGAGAAGCCCGAGAUCGAUGGGCUGACGAAGCCGGCGCUGGAGGGCGACCACAUCACUCUCACCUGCAUGACUCAGGGCAGCAAGCCCGCCGCCGACCUGCGCUGGUUCAGGAACGAAAAGGAGGUCAAAGGUGCCAAAGAGGUGAACGCAAGUGGGAAGACAUUUACAGUGCGGAGCUCUCUGCAGCUGCGCGUGGACAGAAAUGAUGAUGGAGUGGCCUACACCUGCAAAGUGGACCAUGUGGCACUCACACAGACACCACAGCAAGCCACUGAAGUACUGGAGGUCCACUAUGCUCCUCGUGUGCACAUCCUCCAUUCCCUUGCAGUCCCCCAGGAGGGUCAGUACUUAAAGCUGGAGUGUGUGUCCAAAGGAAACCCUUCGCCAGAUCCCGUGAUGUGGACAAAGGACGGGGGUGAACUCCCCGACCUGGACAGGAUGAUUGUAGAGGGGAGGGAGCUUACCUUUACUUCACUCAACAAGACAGACAAUGGCACCUACCGCUGCGAAGCCGGCAACCACCUAGGGAGCAGCAACGCCGAAUAUGUGCUCUUCGUCUACGACAUCCCCACAACCCCGCCUCCAUCCACCGCUCCCCCCCUCCAUCCCAUCCCUCCAGAUCCUACCGCUCUAGACCCCACAGUCACUGGCAACAGAGAUCCCAACGCUCUGGGGCAGCACGGCACCGACCACGCCCUGAUCGGAGGAGUGGUGGCCGUGGUGGUCUUCGUCACCUUGUGUUUAAUCAUCGUUCUGGGAAGAUACCUGGCCCGGCAUAAAGGAACGUACCUGACCAACGAGGCCAAAGGGGCGGACGACGCGCCCGACGCCGACACGGCCAUCAUCAACGCCGAGGGGAACCACGCACACGCGGAGGAGAAGAAAGAGUACUUCAUUUAGACUGCAGGGGGAGCUGUGCAGCUCUCCCCUCCCCCUCUUUCGAUCUCUGUCUCUCUCUGUCUCUCUCUCUGUCUCCCCCUUUUCUUGACCACCGCCCCACCCCCCCCCCCCCCGCUGUGUCAACAAAGAACCCGCAGGCGGCCCACAGACAGAGAAGUUCCUUAAGUGUUUUCCUAUUAUUGCCUUUUUCUAUCUUUUCCAUAGCGUCCUCUCUUUCCUUCUUUCUGUUUCCUUUGGGGCAGCCGGUGUUCACCGGGCAGCUUUCCGUCGCCGUCCCCUUCCUCGUCUAUAUUUUCCUCGUCUUUUCGACGCCGACGCCCGGAAGUCUGUGUCCACCACCGUGACUGCUUCUUUACAUGAGCCCGUCUGCAUCUCCUCUACCUGUGUCCCCGUCCUGGCAGGCAUCCAAACACACACACACACACACAGUGAAUCCCCCUUUUUGUCCACACACACACACACACGUUCACAAACACAUAUCAUAUAUCACAUCAACACGGUGCCUAAAAAUACAGACGCCAUUGAACUUCUGUCGAUGCCUUCGCGUGUCGUCUGCUCGUAGCUUGUAGACGCGUCACCGGACCAUCCCGUCCGCCGCUAGCUCGCCGCUUCCGAUUAUACGUCGCGUCUUUUCUUCUUUUCAUGACGAUCGUUGCUGUUUUUACGCCUUAUACAUGUCUGUCACACUGAAUAUGGUACUUUUAGAAUCCAUCUCCCCUCCCCCAACCCCCCCCCCCCAUCCCCCUCUAAAUAGUGGUGUAACUACGCAGUCGACCCCUUGUAAGAUAAGAAGAAGGUUUUGUGUAACACUGUAGCAAAGGUUUGUCAGAUAAGUGUGUAACAUGAUUCUCAUUAUUAGGCUAUAGGGGGUAAUAAAGGGUCGCGGGGUAUUGUUUAGAGCAGAUAAUACACACGGGCGCUAGAUGGAGCAUCACAUCAAAUAAACUCAAUCAAGUGUAUACAAACCAUUUGCUAAAUCUGCUGUACUUUUGUCUGUAUAUUAUUAUUGCACUGCAGUUUAGGGAAGCGCCAGCGACACCUUCAGUGUCCCGUACUGGCGGCUUACAGUAGUUUGUGGUUCACACGGCGGGUUCAGGUGUACAGGAGGGAUGAAUCUGCUCUGAAAGCUGUAUAAAUUGUAUUUGAAAUGAGUUUAGGAUACUUUUUCUUUCUUUUUUUCACGUUUUUUCACAUUGGUUUUUUUUUUUUAGGCUUAAAGGACCCUGUGAAAUGUAAAAUGAACCAUGAAGAGGUAUUUCAAUAAGUUGGACUUACACACUAAUGACAUGUUCAUUGUGUUAGCUUACCUCUUCUUACACUUCUGGCUCAUAUAGUCGUCCAAUUUUACAAAUAGUGUACAAUAAUUUGACAUUUUUUGAAGUGCAUAAUUCCACCUCUAAAUCUGUGUUUACCAAGCUUUAAACUAUUUAGUGAAAUUGUAAACGCAUCACCAACAUGUCAAAAAAACUCGACUUAUUUAAAUUUGUGUCGGAGUCGAUGUCCGUCAACUGAACUUUAAAUUUCCAUUUCACGGGGUCUUCAAGCAAAAAACGAAAUAAUAAUAUUUAAAAAGAUGUAAAAUAGUGUGUGAAUGCCGGGUCGUAGAUCUGCAGGGGCCUCCUUUCCAAAAACUAAAAACUGAAGAUAAAUAGAGAAGCACAAACAUGUCUGAAUGAGUUACUGUGUUCCUUGGGAACGGUCCAUCUAUUCGGAGUGGAGGGACCCCGCGGGGGUCUCUGAUUACAUUCUAGGGGGGGGAAUACAGUGCAUCUUUUUAAAAAUGUAAGCUAAAACAUGUUUUUUUUUUCUUUAAAAAAUAUUUUAAUAGUUUGGGUUUAAAUGGUUCAAAUCUCCCUGCUGUGUAUUGUGUCUGCUAAAAUGUGGUUCAUUGUGAAAAUUGCUGUUUAAAAUUCUGGAUUCCUACAAAUUUGUAUAUUAGCCACUUUAUCUAUUUGCUUUUACUUUUUUCAUUGAAUAAUCCUUAUUGGAAAACUUUUAAACAAAUGUAUUUCUGUUUUGGCACAAAGGCAUGUAUAUAAUGGGUGAAAACUAAACUUUUGGUAAUUCCACAUUCGCAUGUUUUUGUUUGGUUCAUUUUUUUACUUUUAUUUUUUUAACUGACGUUAUUUAAGAGAGAGCACUAUAAUGGAAGUAUGCGUGUGACUUGACUUCGGAGAGCGGUGGCUUCUUGGUGUCGGGAAGGAUUCGGUGUUGGAAUAGAUGUGAUAAACAACAACAAAUAAAUAAUAAUAACAACAACUAAAGUAAAACAGGAAUAGAAAAUAGUGCAUCUCCGUCUUCUCCAAAUCCUUAAAAUGCAAAUUGGGAAUUUUAAAAGCAUUCAAGGAUACGUUGCCUUCAUGUUGGAGGCAUUUUAAAGUUCCACACACGCUUAGGCAAACAUAACCUUGUGAACAACUCCUGUUUCUUUUCAUUUAUCCGCGGCCAUUUCCUCUCCUCUGUGUGAAAGAGCGAUAAACAACGUGGCUUCUGAAACUAAAGAUUUAAAAGGCAUGGCACUAAUCUACUAUGAGGGAGCAAAUUAUUACCAAGGGCAAUAAAAAUAGUGGGCCCAGUUGUCUCCAAUCGAGUGGCCAAUUUACAACAAUAUGCAAAUAAGGUCAGCAAGUAAGGUCUUUCCCUAUGUGUGUGUGUGUGUGUGUGUGUCUCCCAGCACCGCUAUUGGUAAUCAUUAAAGCUAUCACCGCCGAUGUCGGCUUCAGGCCGCGUGUAUUACAUUUAAAUAUGUUUUAAAAAUGCAAAAGCUUUGCCACAGUUUUCAUAUUUUGUCAUUUUUAGAGCACUUCAAUCAAUAUAGCACUCGGCGUCCGUCUCCAGCCUCACACCGGAGACCUCGAGACCGGCUCUCGGUCUCCGGGAAGCUUCUCGUAUCACAUGCUGUACUUUAUUUUUAUUUUUAUCAUCACAAUGCUGUAAAGUCUUCUUUUUUUAAAAUACUUUUCUAUGUAGUUAUUUUCAACGCAUCUUAAUUAAUGAUGGUGUCAGUCGUUUUUUUGUUGUUUUUUUUAUUCUACGCCCGCGUAUCAAUAUUAGAAAUAAGAGAGCGGACGAAUGAAUCCGUGGAUUCUGAAGUCAGAGAAGCGAGAUUGUUUUUUGUAUUAAAUGAACGUGAAUAAUCCGGUCCGCGGUGAUGAGUUGGUGUCUGGAGAUUAAACAGAUGCCAUUUACUGAAGUGUGCACUCUGACUAAUUCGAUGGGUAUUUCUUAUUAAUCGGUGAAAUGUGUUUUACUUUUGUUGUUGUUUUUUCCGGAAAACCACAUGUAAAAAAAAAAAAAAAGAGUUUUGACAUGGCAGUAAUGAGCCAAUGUGUUGAAAAUUGCUUUUUAUGAUGGUUAAACCAAACCUUGUUUUUUUUUAAUUUGCUAAUCUAACAGCCUGGCACAUACCAUCAUGAACUAUGACACAAUGAUGGACUCCAACCAUCACAGUAUCAUCAACGGGUCGGUUAUUAGUCGUAUUUCUUUUUCUCUGUCGGUUGAAACUAAGCUUUAAACUUGUUGCCUCCUUUGCUUCCCACAUAAACCAGUUUGGUAAACAUCCAUCACGGGCCUCUAAUUUCACCCCGAAAGACAGAAGCGGCCCGUUUCCAUCGGCCACUCGCCCGUUUAAUCGACUUUAAUCGUCUCCAAACAAACCCACUUCUCCUUUUGACUGAUGGUGGGAGUGUCGCCGCAGCUGAGAUAUUACUUAUUGAUGCACAUCAGGCAGUAACUUUGCCAUGAAAUUGCAUUUUUCAUGCUGGGUUGCGCAUAACGGACUCGUCCAAAACCACGUGCGUGUGACUUUUAAUCGUGUGUGUGUGUGUGUGUGUCCACAGGAAGUCAUGAUAUAAACACAUUUUAUGACACCACAAGUUACCGUCGAUGUUGGCCAAGUGCACUCGUGUAUAACUAUUCUAUAUGAUGACAUCAUAUCUCACCAUUUCAGGGGACCCUGACAUUUUAAUUCAGCUUUAAAAAAAGGGACAUCAGAGGAUCCUCGGAUGCGUAUUCGGGGGUUUUGCUCCUCUGCCCUCCUGCCGCUCUGUUUUUCUUGAUGAUUGAAGCGUGUCCAAACUCCGCCUGAUGAUCCUGCAUCAUGUAUUCAUCCUGCUACCCCCGGUCACGACAUAUUACACACACUCGUUCAUUUUUUUUGCUCAAGUUUGCGCGAGCAGUUGUCGUCUCUAGACGCCCAUAUCGACUAAAAAGAACAACUCUAAAUCCCCUUCUUUUUUUUUUUAAGUGAUGAAUAUGAAAGUAAUGGGCACCUUUGAGUCAUAAUCUGUAUCGGUUUGAAUUUUGUUUUAACUUGAAGGUUUUGAGUGGUACCCCCCCCCCCCCCCUCUCUCUGACGCGUCUCAUACGUCUGUGCAGUGUCAGCACAUUUCAUUGUUUCUCUGCAACAUUGAAACUAGAGUCAAUCAGCCUAGUCUCCAAAUUGUCACAGCGAUGACAAGUGACACAAUACCAUGUAGAGAUGUUUUAUUUUUUAAUGAUUAUAUCUCUUUCUUUUGUUUUGCAUCUCAGGAAUCUGUUUCAUUUCGAUAAUUUUUUUCUUUUUUUUUUUUUUCCUGUCUAAAAAUGGGGACUUGUAAGCUCUUCUCACUCUGCUGCCGUCGCCUCUGGAUGCUGACGCCGUGUGUUUGUUGAGUUUUAAAAAUGAUCGCAAUGUUAAUAAAGUUAUUCAGUGAUUCUUCAGUCAUUCUGUCAUCUCGCUGUCAUUUGGGAUUUUAGACUUAGGAAACAGAUUUUUGGAUUUGAUCGCUGACUUGAAAAUCCUUGACAUUUAUAUAAAUAUGCUGCAAAUAUUAACACAAGUUUCCAGAAUGAUAGAAGUUGUGUUUGUACACAAUGUUAUCUUAUAUUAUAGCUCAUGGUAGGUAAGCAGUUCAAUGCUUUUGCCCUCUAUCAAAAACAUGUUUUCCAUGUAGCAACACACAACUUUAUGUAUAUCAGUCCUCAGAUGGAAGAAGUUGUAACUCAUUAGCACUCACACAUAUAGAGAUACCCACAGUGAAGAUCAGGAUUAGAGCUAGACACUUUAAUUUAGCUUCUGAUGUACCUUGGUGGAAUAAGGGGAUUCAUAACAAGCUCUACUGAAGCGGCUUGAUUCGAUAUAUAUAGCACAGUAAUGAAGGUGUUUUUUUCUCCCAUUGUCUGUGGGAUUUAUGACAUUUAAUUUAGAGGUUCAGUCUCAUGUAUGAAAUGAAAAUUGUUGAAUAAAUAGUUGCCAAAAAGA